CAAAAACCUAUUAUUGUUGAAGUCAAUUCCAAUGUGUAAGGGACUAUAAAAUCCAGACGCAGGCCUAGCUCUGCUCACGUCUACUACGCUUUGAAUUGAAUCUGAGGAUUCAAAGAAGAAAGAGUGAGAGAGGUUGCUCCGGUGAAGGGUCUUGUUCUUCAUUUUCGACAUGUCGUUGCUCUCAGAUCUCAUCAACCUUAACCUCUCCGACACCACCGAGAAGGUGAUCGCAGAGUACAUAUGGAUCGGUGGAUCAGGAAUGGACCUAAGGAGCAAAGCAAGGACUCUCCCAGGACCAGUUAGCGACCCUUCAGAGCUGCCCAAGUGGAAUUAUGAUGGUUCCAGCACAGGUCAAGCUCCUGGAGAAGACAGUGAAGUGAUUAUAUAUCCACAAGCCAUUUUCCGGGAUCCAUUCAGAAGGGGCAACAAUAUCUUGGUUAUCUGUGAUGCUUACACUCCUGCUGGAGAACCAAUUCCCACUAACAAGAGGCACGAUGCUGCUAAGAUAUUCAGCCACCCUGAAGUUGUUGCUGAAGAGCCCUGGUAUGGUAUUGAGCAGGAAUACACCUUGUUGAAGAAAGAGGUCCACUGGCCUCUUGGGUGGCCUGUUGGUGGUUUCCCUGGACCUCAGGGGCCAUACUAUUGUGGUGUUGGUGCUGAUAAGGCUUUUGGCCGUGACAUUGUUGACGCACAUUACAAAGCCUGUCUCUAUGCUGGCGUUAACAUCAGUGGAAUCAAUGGAGAAGUGAUGCCCGGUCAGUGGGAAUUCCAAGUGGGUCCUGCAGUUGGUAUCUCAGCCGGUGACGAAUUGUGGGUAGCUCGUUACAUCUUGGAGAGGAUCACUGAGAUUGCUGGUGUGGUGCUUUCCUUUGACCCCAAGCCAAUUAAGGGUGAUUGGAAUGGUGCUGGUGCUCACACAAACUACAGCACCAAGUCAAUGAGAAAUGAUGGUGGCUAUGAAGUGAUCAAGACAGCCAUUGAGAAGUUGGGGAAGAAGCACAAGGAGCACAUUGCUGCUUACGGAGAAGGCAAUGAGCGUCGUUUGACAGGACGACAUGAAACAGCCGACAUCAACACCUUCUUAUGGGGAGUUGCAAACCGUGGAGCUUCUAUUAGAGUUGGGAGGGACACAGAGAAAGCAGGGAAGGGAUACUUUGAGGACAGAAGGCCUGCAUCAAACAUGGACCCAUAUGUGGUUACUUCCAUGAUUGCAAACACAACCAUUCUCUGGAAGCCAUGAGUAGCAAUGAAUGAAUCUCACAUGCAAAUUGUUGUUUCCCCAUCGGAUGGAACGAGGAGCAGUUAUGCUUUUCUAAGUAGGAUUUUCAUUUUCUUUUCCUUUUCCUAGAAUUUCGAUUUCAAUUUCAAUUUGGGCUAUUGUUAUGGUUGGCACUGUGCUUGAGAACCUUGGUGGUUGGUACAACUAACUACCCAGGAUUCUUCACUGUUCAUUGCUUUCUAUUUCUUCCCCUCGUUUACCGAUUGUUAUAAUAAUAAUAAUAAUAAUAAUGUAACUGUUCUCUCUUUUAAACAAAGAAAUACCGAUUGUCAAGUAUGUUAAUAUAAUA